UGUGGAGUUAUGGCAGGAAAUUAGCAAGGAGUGUCACAUGGCUGACCUGUGUCCUAAUGCAGCGCUCCUGUCAACAUGCUGUAAAAGAUAAACACCCAUUUAAAUAUAAGCUCCAAUGAAAGGAUUCAAGCAUUUAGAGAUCUGUUGAGCAGCAGAGAUUCAAGAGGACCAAGUGUUAAGAGCAUUAUGGACUUUUCAACAACAGUGAUCUUGGCAGGGCUGAUCGUAGCUCUGUUGUGGCUGUUCAGUGUCAAAAACAGAAGAAAGUAUCGCCUGCCUCCAGGACCCUAUGCGCUUCCUCUAGUAGGAAACCUGCCACAGCUUGACAAAAAUGCACCUUUUAAAACCUUUCUCAAGUUCAGUGAAACCUACGGUCCUGUGAUAACAGUGUACCUGGGUUGGCAGCGGGCGGUUGUUCUGGUAGGAUACGAUGCAGUGAAAGAGGCUCUGGUGGACCAUGCAGAUGACUUCAUUGGCAGAGGUCCACUGCCGUUUCUGAUGAAAGUGACCAAUGGCUACGGUUUGGGGAUCAGUAACGGGGAACGAUGGCGCCAACUUCGACGUUUCACACUGACAACCUUACGAGACUUUGGGAUGGGACGCAAAGGCAUGGAACAGUGGAUCCAAGAAGAGAGCCAACAUUUGAGGGAUCGCGUAAAAACGUUCAAAGCCAAGCCAUUUGACCCUUCAUUCUUGUUGAGUCUCAGCGUGUCCAACGUGAUCUGCUGCCUGGUGUUUGGCCAGCGCUUCAAAUAUGAAGAUGAGAAGUUCCUGUCUCUUCUGCAGAUAAUAACAAACACCUUGAGAUUUGCUAGUAGUCCCUGGGGUCAGAUGUACAACGUCUUUCCCCGCAUCGUGGAGCAUCUUCCCGGCAGCCAUAACACUGCUUUUGCCCGGAUUGAGGAGAUAAGAGGGUUUGUGUCCAUGCAGAUCCAAGAGCACAAAGAGACAAUGGACCCAAGCUCACCGAGGGACUUUAUUGACAGCUUUCUCAUCCGAAGCAAUCAGGAAAAGGACAUUCCUUCAACGGAGUUCCACCAUGAAAACUUGGUCUCGACUGUGCUGAAUCUCUUCCUGGCAGGAACGGAAACAACCAGCUCAACCAUUAGAUAUGCCCUCAGUUUGUUCAUAAAAUACCCAGACAUACAGGAGAAAAUGCAGCAUGAGAUUGACACUGUGAUUGGACAAAGUUGUCCUAGCAUGGAGAACAGGAAGUCCCUCCCCUUUACUGAUGCAGUCAUCCAUGAGGUGCAGCGCUUUCUGGACAUUGUCCCAUUCAGCAUCCCUCACUACGCACUCCAUGACAUCUCUUUCAGGGGUUACACAAUCCCCAAGGACACUGUGAUUAUUCCUUUGCUUCACUCUGUGCUGAAAGAGGAAAAGCAUUGGGAGACUCCCUGGACCUUCAACCCUAAGCACUUCCUGGACCAGAAUGGCAACUUUAAGAAAAAUCCUUCUUUCAUGCCUUUUUCUGCAGGGAAGAGAGCCUGUGUUGGCGAAUCUCUGGCUCGUAUGGAGCUUUUUAUCUUCCUAGUGUCACUGCUGCAGAAUUUCACUUUUUCCUGCACUGGAGGCCCCGACACUAUCAACCUCAAUCCAGAGUUCAGCAGCUUCGCCAAUCUGCCUCGCUCCUCCGAGAUCAUCGCCACGCCGCGUUGACAACAGGAAGUCCAUUUAGACUGAGCCUAUCAUUGAUUGAAGCAUUCUGAGUCGAGGACAACUCGAUAACAUAUAUUGAUUUUUUGUGAUUUUGCACUGUUUGCUGUAAAGAUGAUGUUUGCUGUUACCUGGCGGACACAUACUGUAAAGAUACAACAUAAGGGAACAGCCGGAAUGAUUAUGCAUCCUCUUGUCUUCUGCUUUGGUUGUCUUUUAGUAAUUCUUAGUUACUCAAUUAACUAUCAACAUGCCGUCUUAAACAAAACCAAAAAAAAGUAUUUCUGAAAUAUGGAUUUGUAUACAUACACAUGGCAAUAGAUUACUUCUGUAUACCUGUUGGAAAGUCUUUGUUGUGUUUGUGUAUUUACUGAAUUUAUUCCAAGUAACAUUUCAUUGGAAGAAAAUCUAUCAAACAAGAAAAAAACACCCAACACAUCAAAUGUAUCAUCUCUUUUUAAAAGAUUAUAAAAAUCUCUGCCUUCCAUUGGCAUUUCAAUCAAAGUCAGAUCACUGAACCUUGAAAGAGAUAAGGUACAUUUGAGUCCUUUUCCUUUGACCUGUAAAACGUCUUUCCAGAGGUGGAAACUUUACUUGAGUAUUUCCAUUUAAUUGUUCUUUAAACUUCUACUCCACUACAUUUAUUAGUCAUCUUUAGCUGCUUUUAACAAAAUGCAUCUCUACAAAAUAAACUAGCGGACUAACUCUUUAAGCCACAUAAGAGUUUAAUUAUGUAAAUAUUUUACAGAAAGUCAAACAGAACUUUGUUUGUCUACAACAGUAAAAUGCUUUUUAAAUAUGUAAGUCUAUUCUCCUCACUUUACCUGCACUAUCUGAUGUUGUUAAAUGUAAUUGUCCCCGUUGCGGACAAAUAAAGGAUGUGUGAUUCUUAUCAAUUA